AUUUCUUUUCUUUUCCUUUUAUUUCUUUGAUCUCUCCUAUCUCAAAUCUAUCCCUGCUGCACCAAGCGCCGGGCUUUUUCUAUUCCAAGGCUCCCUCCUGGAGUUGGAGCAAUUGACUGCACGGCUUUCGUCAUUUCGCUGGCCCGCAGCAAUAUCUGGAUGAUCUAAUCGGGUUAUUGUUUGUUUCACCCGACCCUUUGAACCUGUCCCCUCCUCGCUCCUUGACCCUACCAACUUUCAAGCGCCUUAACAAUGGCGUCCCAAUCUAAGAACACCUUGGAGGUCAAACCCCCACCAAAGUCGCAAUUACGCUCUUCAAGUCGCUCUCCGGGUCCGAAAAGUCGCAAAAAUGUGACUGUGCGGGCACCCAGUUACGCCUCGGAAGGUGUUACGGACAACAACAUCUUCAAGCUCCCCGCCUCCGACUACAAGACAUUGGUCGUAGUGACCAUUGUGGCUGCGGUGGUUCGUCUGUUCCGGAUCUACCAGCCCUCCAGCGUUGUCUUCGAUGAAGUCCAUUUCGGUGGCUUCGCCUCCAAAUAUAUCAAAGGCCGCUUUUUCAUGGAUGUCCAUCCUCCGCUUGCUAAACUUCUCCUCACACUGGCUGGCUGGCUUGCAGGCUUCGAUGGCGAGUUCGACUUUAAGGACAUUGGCAAGGACUACCUCGAGCCCGGGGUGCCUUAUGUUGCGAUGCGGAUGCUUCCAGCAAUCCUGGGUGUUCUGACAGUCCCGUUGAUGUUCUUGACUCUAAAGGCGUCGGGCUGCCGCACUAUUUCGGCUAUUUUGGGCGCCGGUGUUGUCAUCUUCGAAAACGGUCUAAUCACUCAAUCGCGUCUGAUUCUCUUGGAUUCUCCGUUGGUAUUCUUCACCGCGCUCACGGCUUUGUCGUUCACAUGUUUUACCAAUCAACAUGAAAUGGGGCCAUCGCAUGCUUUCCGUGGAUCCUGGUGGUUUUGGCUGGUCGCGUCUGGUCUUGCCUUAGGUGCUACUCUGAGUGUCAAGUGGGUUGGUUUGUUCACUGUUGCGUGGGUUGGAUCGCUCACUGUUCUCCAACUUUGGGUGCUGCUCGGCGACACGGUCAAUGUCACACCGCGUCUUUGGUUCAAGCAUUUCUUUGCCCGCUUUUUCUGUCUCAUCAUCAUCCCGCUGACAUUCUACUGCGGGAUGUUCGCAAUCCACUUCUUGUGCUUGGUCAACCCUGGAGAUGGAGACGGGUUCAUGUCCUCGGAAUUCCAGGCAACCUUGAAUUCGAAAUCUAUGCAGGACGUUCCUGCAGACGUUGUCUUCGGCUCUCGUGUCUCCCUACGCCACCUCAACACACAGGGAGGCUACCUGCACUCUCACAACCACAUGUACCCUACGGGAAGCAAGCAGCAACAGAUCACCCUUUACCCCCACAAGGACGAAAACAACGUCUUCAUUCUCGAGAACCAGACACAGCCCUUGGGUCCUUAUGGAACGGUGGAAGGUCCUCUGGCUUGGGACAACAUUACCGCUGAAUACAUCGAAGACGGCGCUACUAUCAAGCUUAACCACUUUGUCACGCGCCGGCGAGUCCAUUCGCACGAUGAGCGCCCCCCCGUGACUGAUGUUGAUUGGCAAUUUGAGGUCUCAGCAUACGGAUAUGACGGCUUUCCUGGCGACGCAAACGAUCUCUUCCGCGUUGAGAUCGUCAAGUCGAUGUCCGAUGGUGAAGAAGCCAAGAAGCGGCUUCGGACUAUUCAAACUAAAUUCCGCCUCGUACACGUCAUGACUAACUGCGUUUUGUUCUCUCACAAGGUCAAGCUUCCUGAGUGGGGCUUCGAUCAGCAGGAGGUUACUUGCGCCAGGGGAGCCACGCUACCAAACAGUGUCUGGUAUAUUGAAUCCAACAACCACCCGAUGCUGGCUGAAGAUGCGGAGAAGGUCAACUACAAGAACCCUGGGUUUUUCGGCAAGUUUUUCGAACUACAGAAGGUGAUGUGGGUGACGAAUGCCGGUCUCACGGAAUCGCACGCCUGGGAUUCUCGCCCUCCCUCGUGGCCUACCCUACUCCGCGGUAUCAACUUUUGGGGCAAAGACCACCGUCAGGUCUACCUCCUUGGUAAUCCGUUCAUCUGGUGGUCUUCGACUGUGGCUAUCGCAGUCUACUUUCUCUUCAAGGGCGUUUCUGUCCUUCGUUGGCAGCGGAGCUGCGGUGACUAUCGCAACGUUAACUUCAAGCGUUUUGACUACGAGAUUGGCACCACUGUCCUCGGCUGGGCUUUCCACUACUUCCCUUUCUAUCUCAUGGCCCGGCAGCUCUUCUUGCACCACUAUUUCCCGGCGCUGUACUUUGCGAUAAUGGCACUCUGUCAGGAAUUCGACUUCAUCGCCAAUCGCGUUAGAUCGCUUGGCUUGCCAUCCAAGCCUGUGAUUGGCAAGAUCCUGGCUGGUCUAUUCCUUACCCUUAGCAUCUUCACCUUCGUCAUUUAUUCGCCCUUGGUUUACGGCAACCCCUGGACCCAGGAAGCUUGCAGACAAGUGAAGCUCUUGGAUACCUGGGACUUUGACUGCAACACCUUCUACACCGAUCUAAGCCAUUACGUGACUCAGUACGUUGAUAGUAACGCGAACAUGGCUAUUCCGCCUACGGAGACAUCUGUUCCACAGGCCCCUCCCGUUGUGGCCCCACCUCAGGAUGCGCCUCAACAGCAUGCUCAGGAAGUUCUUCAGGAAGAGCCUCAAGAGCCUGCGGUGACGCCUCGGGCCCGUCACAGCACCAAGGCACGAGUAGAAUACCGCGAUCAGGAUGGCAACAUCCUGGAUGAGGAGCUCGUUGCCUCAUUGAGAAAGGAGGGCAAGGUGUCCUUCGAGACCCGACACGAGACCUCGACACGCUUGGACAAGGGUCAUCUCGUUGAUAUGGUUGACGGUGAGAUCGAGUUUGCUCCGCCGCAUCCGGAUGUUGAGGGCCAGAACCCCGAAACCAUCCAAAGACAUCAGCCUCAAGAUGUCGAGGAAGGUCCAGCUUCAGUAGUUGGGCACGGGAGCUCCGAGGAACGGAAGGGCUCCGCGGACCCUAAGCCGGCCAGUGAGGUGAAUGAGGCGACUAAAUCUUGAACGAAAUAGACUUGGAGCAUUUAGUUGGGGGUUGUUUGUAUUUUCAUCCGAUCUUUAGCUCUGCUUAUUUACUUUCCUGUACUUUUCUUCGACAGUAAUCUUUCCUCUUCGGACUAACGAGAUGUGACUUUUGUGUACAUGAACACCUGUUUGCGAGAUCAAUGAAGUACUCUACUACUUGUGACAUCUUACACUUUAAAGGAUCAGGUAUUUGUGAAACGAAACAAGAA